GAGAGAGAAAACGAGUGGGAGAGCGUGCGCGCGCGAGAGAGAGACGUGUUUGAUUUCACUUUCACUUUUCAGAGCUGACUCACUCAGGCGUAAAACAUACGGAGAAAAGCACACAAAUACACCCUUUUUACACAGAAACUAACAAAACACAGCACGAACAUGGCUUUCAAAUACCCAGAAGCACGGAGAGAUGACAGUAAGGUGGAUGAUUAUAAUGGAGUAAAGGUCCCAGAUCCAUACCACUGGCUUGAGGACCCUGACAGUGAGGAGACCAAGAGUUUUGUUGAAGAGCAGAACAAGUUGACCAUGCCGUUCCUGGAACAGUGUGCAGUCACAGAGCAGUUUCACCAGCGCCUCACUGAGCUGUACAACUACCCUAAAUACAGCUGCCCCUACAAGAGAGGAAAGAGAUAUUUCUAUUUCCACAACAAGGGUUUGCAGAAUCAGGAUGUGCUGUAUGUGCAAGACUCUUUAAACAGCCCUGCAUCUGUGUUUUUUGAUCCAAACACUCUCUCAGAGGAUGGGACUGUGGCUCUCAAGAUGGGUCGCCUGUCAGAGGAAUGUGAAUAUUUUGCUUAUGGGCUAAGCAGUGCAGGCUCUGACUGGGUGACUGUACGCUUCCUGAAGGCUGAAGAUCUUACCCAACUGCCUGAUGUUCUGGAAAGGGUGAAGUUCAGCUGCCUGGCCUGGACCCAUGAUGCCAAAGGCAUCUUCUACAAUUGCUAUCCUCGACAAGAUGGAAAAGCAGAUGGUACUGAGACCACAACAAACCUGAAUCAGAAACUUUAUUACCAUGCGAUUGGCACCAACCAAUCAGAAGACAUCCUGGUGGCUGAAUUUCCUGACAACCCAAAAUGGCACAGUAGCCUUACUAUUUCUGAUGAUGGCAGGUAUGCGGUGCUGUCAAUCACUGAGGGAUGCGAACCAGUGAAUCGCCUGUGGUACUGCGACCUGCAGCAGCUGCCCAAUGGCAUCACAGGAUUGCUGCCAUGGGUGAAGUUGGUUGACACCUUUGAAGCGCAAUACACCUACAUCACAAACGAGGACACUGUUUUUACUUUACGCACCAACCUGAACGCUCCACGCUACUGCCUUAUAAACAUAGAUCUGAAGAAACCAGAGCAAACACACUGGAAAACCCUCAUCCCUCAGCAUGAGAAAGAUGUUCUGGGUUUUGUGCAGUGUGUAAACCAGCGCUACCUGCUGGUGAAUUAUGUGCAUGACGUGAAGGACAUCCUACAACUCUAUGAGCUGCACUCGGGGAAGCUGAUCCGUGAUCUGCCAUUAGACGUGGGCACCGUAGUGGGUCUGAGCUGCAAGAAGAAGCAUCCAGAUUUUUUUUACAAAUUCACAUCUUUCACCACACCUGGAAUAAUCUACCACUGUGACCUGAGUCAGCCCAACCCAGAGCCCACAGUCUUUCGUCAGGUGGAAGUGAAAGGGAUCCAACCAGGCGACUACCAGACGACUCAGGUGUUUUACCCCAGCAAAGAUGGUACAAAGAUCCCGAUGUUCCUAGUACAUGCACGUGGCAUUAAAAAAGAUGGCUCUCACCCCAUCUUUCUCUAUGGUUAUGGAGGCUUCGAGAACUCUAUUCAACCAUACUACAAUACAGCGUACCUGCUUUUUAUAAGACACUUGGGUGGCAUCCUGGCUGUAGCAAACAUCAGAGGGGGAGGAGAGUACGGACAAACUUGGCAUAAAGGCGGGACCCUUGGCAAUAAACAGAACUGCUUUGAUGACUUCCUGUGUGCAUCGGAGUACCUGAUCCAGGAGGGAUACACCACCGCCAGCCGGAUCGCCAUCAACGGAGCAUCCAACGGUGGCCUGCUUGUGGCGGCGUGCGUAAACCAGCGGCCUGAGCUGUUCGGCUGUGCGGUGGCUGAGGUCGGGGUCAUGGACAUGCUCAAGUUUCACAAGUUCACCAUCGGUCACGCCUGGACCACCGACUACGGCUGUGCAGAUGAUCCUGAGCAGUUUAAGUGGCUCAUAAAGUACUCUCCCCUCCAUAAUCUUCCUCAAUGCCCUCGAGAUGGCCCAGCGUACCCCGCUAUGCUGCUGCUGACGGCCGAUCACGAUGACCGCGUGGUUCCCCUCCACACUCUGAAGUACGUGGCCACUCUUCAGUACGGGGUGGGUCGCUGUCCCGGCCAGACUCAGCCAUUGAUGGUCAGGGUGGAUACUCGCAGUGGACAUGGUGCUGGGAAACCCACCGCUAAAGCCAUUCUGGAGGACACGCACAUCUUCUCCUUCAUUGCUCAGACUCUGGGCCUGAGCUGGAAAGAAUGAGUUAAUUGUUUGUCUGUGAUGGUCAGUUAUCAUUUAUAAAGCUGUAACUUGA